AUGCCUGUUAGGAGGCGGGAAGGACAGGUAUGUGCUGCUCUGUAUCUGUUCUGAGUUGAUUUUGUUUUAAUAGCUUAGCCUUUUACAUUACCAAAUAAUAGUUUUAUGGGCAUAAGGUAUUUGUUUGUUUUUAAUAGUCUGUACAGGCCUUAUACAUUAUUAUUCCCAAGAAUGAUUUUUUUGUUCAAUCCAGACCCCAAAGAGUUGUAGAAAAUUGAUUUAUUUGAUGUUUAGUGCACCCUUUCCUCCCCCCCCCCACCCCGCUUUGAAUGUGCAUAAAAUAAUAAAACUAGUGGAACUACUGCAGUAUAAUUGAAUACACACAUGGUUACCCAAACCACUAUAUAUCUUCCAAGUAUCUUUGAUUCACGAACAGUUAAUUGUUUCUUAAUUCCUAAGGAACGUGUACAAAUGCAUACAUAGAGCUUCUACAUGAUAUCCCCCUCCUUUGAUUUCAGAGAAAGGGGCUGCAUUGCCUGUACGUGCCUUUGCUUAUAUAUUGAUUGAUUGAUUCCAUUCCAUUGAUUUGAAUGGAGAAGCCACUGUGAGCAUGGAAACUUUGAGUUGUGUCCAGUGUAGUACUACUUGAGCAUCCCAUCAGCGCAAGGAUUUCUGCUUGCACAAUGGAAUAUUCCCCCCUUUCCAGUCAUUGCUAUUAACAGUAACAUCUUUCUAAUAUUUUAGCACUAUACCUCUCUUUAAAAAAGCCGGAAAAGCAUUUUAGUCCUAAUUAAAAGAUUGAUUAAAAAUACAGAUUUGCAUAAGAUUUGUCACUGUGCUCAAUGUAACUAAAGUAUUAAGUAGUAGUAUUUGUGUGCUUUUUCCCCAUUCUGACAGCUGGAAAAAUGUAUAGAUGAUGCUACAAGAAAAAAUGACUUCCAAGCAUUGGAACAGUUCUUGGAAACUGAUUUUUCUGGUGGCAUUUCUCACAAAUGCAGCAAACAGUUUCUCAAUAAAUUAGACAAACUUAUAUGCCAGGUAAUGGAUUUUUGUUUUUGUGUUACGUCAGUACAUAGUGGAAUAUUGUAUAAAAUAUUGUUUAGGGCAGUUUGAAUUACAGGAGAACCAUGGGCUUGAUAGUAUUCUGAAGUUUUAUUGAUAGUAUUCUGCCUCUUUGAGAUGAAAAUUGUCUGUUGUUAGUUUACAGACUCCAUAUUUCUGUUAAUCUCUCUGCACAAAAUCACAUAUGAACCUACUCAAUGUUUUCUAAGUUCUUCUCCAUUGUCCUUUUGCCAACAGACAUGUGUUGGGUGGGAACAGGAGAGAGGUCUUUUAAGUUCUAUUGCAUUGCCCUCUCUUUGUUCGCUUUUAAAUGGACUGUUAAGAUUGUUUCAUCAUAGCAUGCAUUUUACAGUAAAAACAUCAUUAUGCUUUUAUUCUGCUGCUCUACAUAUUUAUGCAGUUAUAAUGGCAUUUUAGGAGUAAAAAUGUUUUUUGUGUGUGAUUUACAAUUUGGGUGGUGCUGUGGUCUAAACCACUGAGCGUCUUGGGCUUGCCGAUCAGAAGGUUGGCAGUUUGAAUCCCCACAAUGGGGUGAGCUCCCGUUGUUUGGUCCCAGCUCCUGCCAACCUAGCAGUUCAAAAGCACACCAAAAAAGUGCAAGUAGAUAAAUAGAAACAGCUCUGGCGGGAAGGUAAACGCCGUUUCCGUGCACUGCUCUGGUUUCGGUGUUCCAUUGCACCAGAAGCAGCUUUGUCAUGCUGGCCACAUGACCCAGAAAAAAAACUGUCUGUGGACAAACACUGGCUCCCUCAGCCUGUAAAGCGGGAUGAGUGCUGCAACCCCAGAGUCGUCCGUGACUGGACUUAACUGUCAGGGGUCUUUUACCUUUACCUUUUUAAGAUGACUUUGAUUUUAUCAUUAAAAGUGAUGUAAAAUUUAAAUUUUGUUGUGGAGACAAGCAGUUUUUUUUUAAAAAAAAUAUAUGUUUCCUUAAAUAUGUGACUUCAAGGGGUCGGGCCCUCCAAAAUAGUUGUGGAGGUGGUGCCGGUGUGGGGCAAGGAGGGAAUCAGUAACAUUUCUGCCACCGCCAUAUCCCCUCAGAUUCCUGGAUCUUUUUUUGGAUGGAAGGAGACCUUCAUUUGUGGAUGACAAGUCAGGAUCCAACCCAUAGUUUUCAUCCUGUUAAAUAAAGUUUUUUGUAUAACUACUGAAAAUUUUGUUUUUCAAUUUUCAGGGACUUGACAAUGAAGAAGUCAAGAAUGUUUCCACUAUGUUGAAUACUCUUCUGAAGCAAGGCAGAAAUGUAACCAUAUUAGGGGAAAUUGGGUUUCCAGCAAUGAUAGAAUAUGGUCUUGUUCAAAAGAUAAGUAUAGGAAAUUCAAAACUAUUUCCUAGGAGUAAUUAGAGAUAAAGUACAGUGGUACCUCGGGUUAAGAACUUAAUUCGUUCUGGAGGUCUGUUCUUAACCUGAAACUGUUCUUAACCUGAAGCACCACUUUAGCUAAUAGGGCCUCCUGCUGCCACUGUGCCACCGCUGCACGAUUUCUGUUCUCAUUCUGAAGCAAACCCGAGGUACUAUUUCUGGGUUAGCGGAGUCUGUAACCUGAAGCGUAUGUAACCUGAAGCGUCUGUAACCCGAGGUACCACUGUAAUAGCAACAUAUUGGACGUCCAUUUGAUUUGAGUGCUGAACAGUGAUUUAAAACUGAUAAUGGCUCCUUGUAUGGGACGUGGGUGGCGCUGUGGGUUAAACCACAGAGCCUAGGACUUGCCGAUCAGAAGGUCGGCGGUUCAAAUCCGUAUGACAGGGUGAGCUCCAGUUGUUCGGUCCCAGCUCCUGCCAACCUAGCAGUUCAAAAGCACAUCAAAGUGCAAGUAGAUAAAUAGGUACCACUCCGAUGGGAAGGUAAACAGCGUUUCCAUGUGUGGCUGGUUCGCCAGAAGCGGCUUAGUCAUGCUGGCCACAUAACCCGGAAGCUGUACGCCGGCUCCCUUGGCCAAUAAAGCGAGAUGAGCACCACAACCCCAGAAUCAGUCACGAUUGGACCUAAUGGUCAGGGGUCCCUUUACCUAUAUGUAUCACUAAAUCAUAAUGAUGAUAAAUCAUAAUGAUCCUGCUCCCCAAUAAUUGUAUCAGUCAUUUGAGUGGAGAGGGAAUGAGCCCCGUUCCCAGGCUGAUUUGCAUGAGUGGGAGGCAGUUAUGUGCCUAUGUGUUUUUCUUUUCUCUCUCUCUCACUCAUUCUCUUUUUCUUUAUGCAAGCAUGUGUGAUAAACUGUGUUGACCACACCUACCACUGGCAUGAGGCAAAGUUGACCAUAAGUGCACAUUGCCCUUGCGCCAAAAGAAGGCUUGUUACCCUUGGUUUUCAAUUGGAAAGCAGCCUGGUGAAUUCUAGAAAUAAUAACUUUUAAAUGUAUACUUAUACAAACCUUUUAUGUUUUCUCUACAUGGUAAAUUGGUUUGAAAAGGCUCAAGAAAUUAUCCAAAAUACAGUAAAUGAAAAGAAUGACAAAUUUGCCACUCUGUUUGAAGACUUCUUUGAUGUUCUUAUGGUAAAUAUGCACCUCUUGCAUUGUUCCAUAAAUUGACAUGUAUUUUUUAAAUAUUUAUAAGAUGUACGUACUAAAUAUUUGGGGAAAAGCUUUUUUAUGUACAUUAUUUUAACUCAUUGGUCAUAAUUAAAUAUCUAAACAUUAAGAAAACAAGAAAUCCAACUGUAUUAAAAAGCCAAUUAGAUUUUCAUUGUUUAUCCCAUAUGCAGAUAAAGGAUAUCAUGUUCAAAAUUUCUGUUUGCUUAUUUCAAAUGUAAACUAUAGUUACUGGUAUGUACAUAUAAGCAAUCUCAUUAGGUUGUAUCUUCUCUUCUUGUCCAUUUCCUCUUCUUUUUCAGCAUAAUUUUGUGAAAAUAUAGUUAUUACAUGUGUAUUUUUCUGGGGUCUGCCUAAACAGAAACAGAAAACAAUUCUAAAGAUUUCUCAUUGAUAGCAGAAUUCACUGGCUUUGGGGCAUCCAGUUUUUGCUGAUCCUUCCUAUUCACUGCAGCCUGUCUGUUUCCUGAAAAGCUGCUUCCUGAAAAGCUGUACCUCUGGGUUUAGCAAAAUUCAAGUUCUGCCUUGGAUGAAUGGAAUUGCUUUUUAAUAGCACAAAGUCACCAUUGGAUACAAUCCAUUUCCAUAAAUAAAUUAGUCCUGAUUGUGCAGAGUGAUUUUAAUAUGUUGUUUAUUUAAAUUGUAGAUAGUACAUGAUGCCAGCAGUAAAGGUAUGCAUGAAACUAAUUACUAUAAUUAUAUUUAUUAUAUUUCUAGUUGCAUAUACUGUUAGUCCUAUAGGUGUUUUGAUUAAUCAGUAAUGAGUGUAUUCUAUAUAUUACAGUCAAAUAGCCUAUAUGCUAGGCUGGGGGAAGGCACUUACACAUUGUCAAAAAGAGAAAAUGAAUCCCAAAAAGUGGCAGGGAGAGGAAAUAGACUUACAUAAACUUUGCAUAUACUAAUUUAUGUGGAGAGAGGAAGAAAGAAAAAUUGAUGGAUGCACAUUUAGGCUGUGUACACACAACUGGCUUAAAAUGCUGCCAAGUCAUUUUCCCCCCAGUUUGGAUGAAUCUGAUUUCAUCCAAUAUAGAUACAGAAUAGAGAUGGAUCGUGGCUACUUUUGUGUGUAUACCACUUCCCAAAACAGUGCUGGGAAUCCACUGGAUAAAUAGUAAAUAGGAGGAUGUACACAGCCUUAGGUAUUUUUACAGUGAUUUAAAUAGAAAUGCAGUAUAUUUCACUAUAAUGGGGAAUACUGUGAUCAGGUAAACUGUGUGCUUGCUUAGUUUGCUGUCCAGAUGUUGUGUGCUGGUGGGUCUCUUCAAGAAACCUACUGCCCCUUCUUAUAAUUCUUUAUCUUUAAAGUUGACUUGGACUAGACAGCUCUUCAAAUAGAAGGCUGUCUUAUAUAAAGUAAGACACAUGGCGACCUUAUUGGAUUAUGAAGUUUCAGAUAAUCUACAAGAUUUGAAAGAUGCUAAGUUUGUGGCUCUCUGUAGAAAUGAAAAGGACUACUGUUGAAUCAUUAUAGGGAAAGAGGCUGCAAUCCUCUAUACAGUCUUCUUAAAUCCCAUUGAUUUAAGAUUUAAGCAGCCCAACUUUCUAGAGAGAUGCAGCCAAAAGCUCUAGCAAAUGAGCUUUACUGUUCCUUGUUCCUUUCAGGUUGCAUAAAUUAAAGAUGGCUGAAAUUUAGAAUGCUUGUAUGUUAAAUUCCUGUUUGUUUUGUGUCACUUCAGACAAUCAAUAUUUAUAAAGCUUGCUUGCUUUCUAAAUGAAAGGCUUUAAAAGUGUUUAUUCACACUAUAAUUGCCAGUUUUUUUGAAAUAUAAUCAUAUGGCUUUGUAGAGACUUAUGUAAAUGAUAUAUUACAAUAUUUGUUUAGGUAAAAUACAAGUACUAGAAAAUUUUGUUUUGCGAACAUGCACACUUGCUACCGAUAAAAGAAUUAACAUUUAUAUUCAGCAGGAGGUAAGAAAUUUCUUUCUUCUGAUCAAUGUUAGGUUUUAAUGAUUAUCCCCUGUUACCUAGAGUAUUUUUAAAAAGUUUUUAUUCAGUUUUUUAAAAGACAGUAUAGAAAUAAUGCACAUAUACCUACUUCUCUGAUCUCUGUGUCCAUUUGUUUUAACGUGUCUAUUUUGAUGCAUUUCUUCUAUAUAUUUUUGAGAAAUGUUUCUCUGCUAGCACUAUCCCAUUUUUAUAAUUUAAAUAAAUUAACAUCCAUUUUUUCUCAAGCACUUUCAAGAACAUUUCCUAUUUUCUUUCUCUUAUGUAAUUUCUGUUGUUCAGUCCCUUAUGUAUUCUUUGGCUACUCUAUCAGCACAUAGCUGAUACCAUAGCUGACAUACCAGCCACUAGGGUUGACUUUUGAAAAGUGCUUUUGUAUUUUUAGUGAUGCUUCAUUGUGUAUAGUCGGCCACAUACUUGUCCAACAAAGGCCUGACUGACAUGUUCUUCUGCAGAUUGUGGGUAGAUAGUUUAUCCAGACUUUAGCAGAGGAGAAUUUCUCUUGCUCCACUAAACUGAUAACCCUGUGUUGUACCCUUAGACUCAGAUUUAUAUAUUACAGAAUAAACAUUUAAGAUCUGCAGUCAUUAAGAUCGAGAUUCUUAAGUUACAUUGUUUUAAUGGACAAUUAAAGAUAUUCUUUCACCUAAUGCAUUGCAAAUAUUUCUUGUUCUAAUGUGGUUAAUAUUCAAUCAUUUAUUUUUAUUAUCCUUAGGCAGUAAGAAAAUUGAACACAAUGCUUGAUUCUAUGCCCCGAGAUACUAGAAAGAAAAUUAUUUCUACAGAGGAAAUGCAAGAAGUCAUGUAAUUAUUUAAUCUUUAAUAUAAUUACAUAAGCCUUUCCCCUUUUCAUAAAACUAGAACCUUGGUAAGAGAAUCUAAUUUUGUGGCAAAAUCAUUUUGUUGACAUGGCUUAAAAUAUUGUUUAGGCACAAUCCAGCCUCUGGGUUAAGCAUUUUUAGAAAGCUGCUCUUAGAAAGCAGUACCAAAGAAGAAAGAACACAAAACAUAAGAAGCAAUCCUAUGCACAAGAUGCUGGUGUAAAGAAAGCCAAUGUAAAUUAAUGCAGGAAUCUCAGCCAAAUCAAACAUGACAGAUGGCCAACCAACCUCUGCUUAAGAGCCUCCAAGAAAGGAGAGUCCAUCACUUCUCAUGGGAGUCUGUUCCACUGUCAAACAGCUCUUACUUUUCUGUUCUUCCUGAUGUUUAGUCAGAAUCUCUUUUCUUGUAACUUGAAUCCAUUACUUUGGCUCCUAUCCUCUGGAGCAGGAGAAAACAAGCUUGCUCCAUGUGACAACCCUUGUGAUAUUUGAAGAUGGCGAUUAUAUCUCCUCUCAGUCUCCUCUUUACCAGGCUAAACAUACCCAGUUCCCUCAAGUGUUCCUGAUAAAGACAGGCCAAACGUUAUUUUUAUUUUUACAAAAAUCAGCCCCAAAAUAAACAGAAAUGAAGACUUUUUGGAAUGACCGCUCCCCGCAUAAAAUGGGGGGCGACCUUUGCGUGGACGCGCGCAGCUCCUGGAUCUGGAGCGGCUCCAUCAGCAUAGGCUUGGCUUUGCCUUCCCUCAGGUGGGAUACCUGGAGGUCUCCGCCUACCCCAGUCAGUUGACCAGUCCCAUCUGGGGGAAACGUUGCCAAGGAGAUCAGGCCAGGUAGGGGCGGGAUUACCUGCCCACACAAUAGAGGGAGGAUCUUACCUGGGAAUCCUCACUUGGCUCCAGAGCUUCUCCCACCCUACCCACCCUCAGUCAAUGCCUUAUUUUGCAGGUUAACUUUUCUUCACAGGUUUUGCAGGUUAACUUUUCUUCACAGGUAUGCGGGUGCUGCUACGUUAAGGUCGCUGUCAAAGGGCCGGAAAGGAAUUUCCCUGCAUUGGCAGGUUUCGCCUUUCCCGUAGCAAAACGUCACAACUUUGGCGGUAUCAGGCCUUAGGCGGAAUCCUUUUGUCCAUCUUCCUCUUUGCAGCGACGAUACCAGGGUUCCCCGUUAAAGGGGUUUCUGAAGGGAGGCUUUGACCGUACGCCGAAAGGUCGUCAUUGCUCUCCCCUGCAGCGGCGGCGUAACGGGGGCGGCUAUCUCUGCUUGAACAUAUGUUCUCCAGAGCUGGCCCAUUCCCCCCACAACACUGGAUAACCCUGAUGCUCCCUAGGUCCCCGGCUGGGGAGGGAGAACGCCCAAUGCCUGAGCCAAGGUCUACCCACAUUUGAAAUUUAAUAAAGUUGUGGCCAAUUUAAUCCCAUAGCACGUUGUCUUGAGUCGUUAUUCCACAUGACGGGGGGGGGGGGCGCUCGGGAUCUGGGGACUCCAGCUGUCCACACAAUAAUAUAUUCUUAAUUGUGGAUAUCACCAUGAAGGGGAUGCACAAAUCAUUAAACAAAAGUAUAUAAUUUUUUAAAAAACAAAUCCUGAAUCAUAAUAUUUUGUUUUGCAGGAAUGAUAUGGGAAAGAGAAUUUUGGAAGCUGGGGGUAAGUACAGAGGAUACUUAUGUUUAUCAGCUUAGAUAAUGUAACAGAAGUAGUUUUGCUAUUGUGCCCAUAUUGACAAUGUUAAGAGUAUAAAGAAUCGCAUUUGAACAUGAACAUGAAUUUGACAAAAGCAUUUAGUUCACACAUAAAAAGAACCCUCCCAGCUCUCACCUGGGAGCUUUCCCCUCUUCCUCCAACUUCUCACACUGGGAGAUCCUCUCUACCCUGCCUCUCAUGCAAGGCCCUUCCAUCACAUCCCUGUAUGUAUCUUCCUUUAAUUUAAGAUAGGAAACUUCAAAAAUCAAAAUAUAAAUAUAGAUCGAAUUAACAGAAAGAAAACAAUAAUUAAAGAUCAUAGAAAUGUAAGAUAAGUAACAAAAAUGAAAGAGAGAGGUCUUUUUAUUCUCUGUUUGCCAAUUAUGUAGAUAACAAUUAUUCAAAAUAUGUACUUCAUGUUAAUAUCUAGCUGUAUUAAAGUUCAGCUUUUUCACAAUUUGCUAGGUGUUGUUUUCUUCAUCUUCAAUCCGAGGCAUCUCAAAUUUGGGUUUUUCCACUCUUUGAAUAAGAUAUCCCCAUUGGCACUCAAGGACUCUAGUUAUGAAGCAUCUUCAUAUUAAAAAAAACCAUACUGAGUAUGCUCAGUCCUCACUGGGCUGUUUUAGAGGCUUUUCCCUCUAUAGGUUAUACCUACUUCUGCAAACCUUGAGGUCUCCCAAAUCAUACUUAUGCACCCUUUUUGUUUCUCAGUAGCCCAGUUUGUUUCUCGAUAGCCCAUGGCUAUCAUAACCCAUUACCUUUAUGCAAUAUAUCAUACAUUGUAUCAUUUUUUUAAAUUUAAGCAACUAGUUAGCAAGUGUAAUAUUUAUCCCUGGAAGGAGGUUUUAUGCUAUUAUUCCUCUUGUGCAUUAUAGACUAUGACCUCCAAGUUGCCAUUACAGAAGCUUUGUGCAGAAUGACAUCAGAAAAACAGAGGCGAGAAUUGGCAAGCCAAUGGUUUUCAAUGGAGUUUGUUAGUAAUGCAUUUAAAGAAAUUAAGGAUUCUGAGUUUGAAACAGUAAGUCACAUUCACAUACUGGGUAUUUCAAAGCAAAGGUAUGAUUGCAAUACUUAUGCUGCUUUUGUCCUUAACAGGAUUGCAGAAAGUUCCUUAACCAGGUGAAUGGCAUUUUUGGAGACAAAAGAAGGUAUGAAGUUAGCAAUGAACCACUCUAAGAUCGUUUGAUGUCAGGCGGUAUAGAAAUGUAAUUAAUAAGAAUAGUAAUAGAAAACACUUUUUUAAUUGAAGAAGAAUGCAACAUUAGAUAUAUACACAUGCAGUGAUAUGACUUGACCUUUCAUAAGGUCAUAACACCUUGUUUGUGGGAUCUGCACUGGCUGCUAAACUGCUUCCAGGCCAAGUUUGGCAGCUUGAUAAGGCCCUAUACUGGAUGUAGUCAGAUUACCCAACGGGUCACUGCUUUCUGCAGAAAACUUUCUUAUUGAAGUCUGCAAAAUAUCAGAAAUCUGCUCCACGGCAACCCAGAACAGCAGUGUCAUUGUGGCUGCCGGUUCUUUGUGGAAAAGCAAUCUUGUUAAGAUAUGACAGGUACCCACUUUUUGCAGUUUGUUCCUUCUUUUGCUUGAGGCAAGAAACUUAAUCUCUCCAAUAGAAUCUUCCAACCAGGUGGGGAAAAUAUAUAUAAACUUUUUUUUUAGGAAAUAUUUUGUCCAUAAGUAGGACUUUAAUUUUUUCCCAUUUGAAAAGGUAAUGGAAAGUGGGAACAAUUACCUGUGUGAGUGAUGAGGUGGAAAUGAACAUAUCUUCAUUCUGUAAAUACUUUUUUGACAGGGUUUUUACCUAUCCUUGUUUAUCAGCUAUGCUUUGUGAACAUGAGGUAAGUUCAUUUCUUUUGUCUUGUGUAUCGUUUGUUUUAUUAGAACUAUUGGUGUUUUUGUUUAAAAUUGAAACAGAGAUAUGUGUUUGAUAGAUUGUCAAAAAAUUAGAGGUUCUUUGGAAUGAAAAGGCAAAUGAGUUAUUAUGACAUUGGAGAUUUGACAUCAACAUAAAAUUCUGGGCCAAUUUGGACCUGGCGUUCCUAGUUUAUUAAAUUUAAUAAUGUUGAAAUGAGUGUUUGACUAGUGUGCUGCCCCACAUCUCUUCCUUUUAAACAUUGUCCUCUUGGCAUCUUAGUCACAGUUCCCCAUUAUCUCUGAAAUGGAGAACUAUGUUUUGAUGUUGGUUUACUAACAGUUUGAAUCCUGGUUAGUAAAUUAAUAUAACACUACAGUUUCCUGUUUCAAAUGUAAUUAGGAACAAUGGUUUUAGGGGACCAGGAAUGAAGUUCUGAAUAUGAUGUGUGUGCAAGAUAAAGGGUUGAGUAUACAGGCCUUACCUGUUCAAUAAAACUAUUGUGUAUUUAGUAAGAAAUGUUACACCAUUACACAUGCAUUUAUAAUUUUAUAUUUGGAUUGAAUUUCCUUUAGCUACAGAUCCCAGCAGAUGACAACCUUGAAGAAUUUUGGAUUGAUUUUAAUACUGGUAGCAAAAGUGUAUCCUUCUAUGUUGCUGCGGAUGAUGGUGUAGGUUAAGUAUUCUUAUUGUAUUAAUUUUUUAGGGAUAGUUCAGUAUUCAAAGAAAAUCAGUUAAGCUCUUCUAUGAAGGUACAUUAGAGUAGCUUAGAUUUAGUAGAUGUAGACUUUUUUCAAAACUACACUAGGUGUGGCAAGGGGCUGCAUGGACUUUUAUAGUCCUUGUCCUGCUCCUCCCCCAGCUGAUGUGUCCAUAUACUCAAUCAAAUGUACCAAGUUUCCUAGCCCACGUGCCCACUUUGGAUAGUUGGGGGAAGGGAGCAGGUAUAAAAAAGUGAGUGGAAAGUGGCACCUGUAACAGAAAAAAACUGGCAGAUCACUUAGAGAUUUGGUUGACAUGCUGGUCCACGAUCCUCCACAGUGUUCUGAAAGUAGUGCUCCAGGAGAACUAGUUGUUAACCUGAAAUGUAUGCCUUUUAACACCAUAUUAUGCAAGCAAACAAAAAUGCAGUAAGAACUUCCAUCGCUUUUCAUCAAAUGUUAUUUUUAGGGUCAUCAGUGGGAAACUGUUUGCAUUCCUGAAGAAGAAGUAAAAACAUACAUUAUUGAAGGUAUUGAGCACAUAAAUUUAUUUCUUAUUCACAGUUACUGUUUCUAUUAAAAGGGAAGGAUGGGAUUCAUAAUGAACCAAUGGUAUGAUCAUUACUCAUUUCUUUUUUUAAAAAAAAACAACAACCCUAAAGUUUAUUUGAAUGCAUGCUUCUGCAAUUUUUACAAAUAAUUAACAUAUAAGUAAUAACAAUUUAAUAUGAACACACUUCAUUGUUGCCUAGAGAAAGACAAUAAGAAAUUGUUGACAAUACAUUUACACAAUCCAAUGUCUGUGGGUAUCCAAGAAGGAGAGAAAAUAAUACUGCAUUUUGAUUCGGCAUUGGAAAUUGUGGAUGCAGCGUUGAAGGUUUAUGGUGCCUAUAAACGCCAGGUAAAAGCGAACCAAUUUCCUUUCUCAUCUAUCCUCUAUCUAGCAACUGAAACAAAAAUGGACGUUUCACUUUUGAGUGAUUAUAGUUCUUUUCAUAGUUGGUUCUGUUUCUAUUUCUGCAUUGCCAGUUAUUCCUAAAUGAACACCGCAUGCAAGCAGUUGUCACAAAUUAAUCUAGGGUUUUCCAGUUCUGAAACUGCCACAGAAUAAAGCAGUGGUGAUUUGUGUAGGCAACUGUUGAGCAAAAUGGGGGAAAGAAUAGAAUGUACAAUAAAUUACCUUUUAAAUGAGAAACAGUCUAAUACAGGGGUCACGAAUAUUUUUGGACCACAUUUCAAAUUUUGAGAUAGUACUGGGGGCACUGGUUACAAAAUUGCUGCUAUGGGUGUGGGCAUGCCAGAACACAAAACUAGAGACAGCCAACCCUAAUCACCUUAUGCUUACCAUUGGAAGUCAACUAUGUCCUGGCCUUGAUUGUGGAGAUCACACAAUAUUAAUUUCACACGCACGUACAUACUGCUGCUGUCUAAUAGUAACAGGAAGCAUUCUUCUGUACCAGGAAGAAUAUACAAGGUAGACACACCAUAGUCUCUCAUUUCACAGAAAUCGCAUAGAAGGUAGCUGAACAUUUUGUCCCAUCACUUUCUUUCUCGGAGGGCUAAAGACUUUCUUUUUAAAUAAAAGUUCAGAAAUCUGAGGCCCUUGCUGAGGGACACCAGUAAAAGUGCUGUGGCACCAUGGGUGCUGUGUUAGUCUAAUAUAAGGCUUUAAGCUAACAUGUGAUACAACAAUUCAAACAUACUGUCCUCACAAAAAAAUGCAUACACACUUUUCCUGAAAGCGUCCUGAACAAGCGGAAGCAAUUUCCAGUGAGUUGGAAAUGGCAAAAGGGAAAGCUUUUCAGAUCCAUAUUGACGGUUUCCCCCACAACAAUGUUGUGAAUUAGUCAUUGUCCAAGAGAAAACACAAAAGAGGUCUCAUAAUAAAGCCCUUUAUAAUCUAAAAAGUGCAUUAUUUCUUUGUGUAAAGAGCCUAAACUGCAAAAAUAAAGUUUCCCCUACUUACCAUAAAUUAUUUUUAUUUUGUAUUUUCUGUUAUAUAGUGGUACCUCGGGUUAAGAACUUAAUUCGUUCUGGAGGUCCGUUCUUAAUCUGAAACUGUUCUUAACCUGAGGUACCACUAAUGAGGCCUCCUGCUGCCGCCGUGCCACAGCCGCGCAAUUUCUGUUCCCAUCCUGAAGCAAAGUUCUUAACCUGAGGUACUAUUUCUGGGUUAGCGGAGUCUGUAACCUGAGGUACCACUGUAUUGUGAAAUAUUUACUACUUAAAUUUUUCAGGGAUUUACAAAGAAGAAUACUAUGUCAGUUGCCAAAACAACAGUACAUGUCAUUUUUGAUGAAAGUGAAUCACAGGUUUGUGUUUCAGUUUAUAAUGUGAUAAUAUUAAAAGCAAACUUCUGACUAAUAAAUAUUGAAGGCGUGCAUUAUUGUCUGAGAUGGUGUAUAUUUUAUCAUUUCUUUAUCUGUUCAAGUCUUUCUCAUGAAAACCUUGUUAUUCAAAAGCCUAAAAGUGACUCAUCCAUUCACAUUAAAUCCCAGCAGAACAGCUGGAUGUUUGCAUGUGUGCAUUUUAAACAAAAUACUUUUGAGGCUACUAUUUUAUUCAGAAUCUGCAUGUGAGUGUUCUAAUCCUACUCCCAAUGCCAUGCAUAAUUUUACACAUCUCAGUCAUGCUCCCCGUUACUUGCCUUUUUUCUAAACUGAAAAGCACCCAAAAUCAAAGCCUUCCCUUCUAUCCUUUUAUCCAUUUCGUUUAUCAGAAAUAUUUUUAAUAAGUUGAUUAGUAUUGAACUGGGAUUUUAUUUUUUAUUUUUAUUUUUUUAAAAAAAUACUGAACAGGUUAUUGUACCAGAAAGUCAAGUAUCUCCUUUGGAAGAAAACUCCUGUAAACCACUGGAAGAUAAAGAUACUCAUUCCCCACCACAUCAGUAUCUUCAGACACAGAACAAUUUGAAUCAGAAACUUAAUAAGGGGGACUUGCAAACGGUUAAAUCCAAGGUAAUUUGUAUAAUAAAAUGCAAAGGAAAAUAAUGUAUAUUACAUUCCAAGGUUAGAUUGGCAUUAUUUUAAAUUAUGCUUUUCUGUUUUAUUUCAAGAUUAAUCCAGGUAAAAGGAAAGUGUCUGAGGCAUCAAUGGUGGUGCUGUCUGCUGCCAGGUUGUCUAUGCCAAGUCCAUUACCAGUGGUUAAUACUUGUAAGUUAGAUGCAAUGUUGUAAGGUGUAAUUUACUGUUGUAUUAGCCAUCUGCUAUGAAAAAUGCCUGGUUUUUAUAACGCAUCAACAAUUAUGAUCAACAUCUGGCACGGGAAUAAAAUACCCUUAAUAAGAUUUAGGGCAGAGCAAUCCAGUACUCCAGUUAUGCUAGGUGUGAGGGAGAUACAACUCCGCUGUGUUGGCAGACAUAUAUGCUUAACCUAGGAGGCAAGGAAAAAAUACAACUCAGAAAACCCCCAAACUGUACAAAAACGGCUGAUAUCCCCCAAUCACGGCUCUGCCUGCAACAAUGGGCAUAUGAAUUCACAUAGAUCAAAAUGAGCCCUCAACACCCAUCAUAAGAUGACAAUAUGACAUAACACUGCCCUCACUUCCUGAACCCUGGUGACUCAGGCCACAGUGGCCCCACUACUCCCAGUCCUACAGGCAGGGGUUCCAUGCUGCUCAAAAGCAGAAUUUUUCAGGACAAUACUUCUCCAUCUGGAGUUUUGCCACUGGGUGUGUGCAGGUCUUAGGACAACGGUUGGGGAGCACAUUGGCUUGUGUCACAUUGUUAAACCAAAGUCAGCCCUCGUUGGGAAUAGCCUCUCAGACCUGACACCUGGUGCCUUUACUAGAUUUGAUCUCAUGCUCUCUGCUACAGUCUAUAGAGGGCACCCCCACACACACAAUUUUAGGACCAAAAGCAACCGUAAAAGCUUUUUAGAAUCAUGCCAAGAAGCUCCUGGAUUCCUCAGCCACCACAAACCACAAAAGAAGUCAUUUCUGUGGGUUAAGGAAGCGUUAACUGGGUUGGGUAAUGAUUACAAGCUAUGACGAAGGCAGGAGAGCAGAAGUGUGGGAGGUGUAGUGAAUCUCCUCAGUUUUUUCUCCUGCCUUGGUGAAACCAGUACAUUCCUUCCAGCUCUCUCUGUUUUUCUGUCUUCUUCCACUCCUCAAGUUGCAGAAGCUACUGCUCUCCCAGGAAACACUCAAGAAAAGUGCUCUCCACAGAGGGCAUACUUGUUGCCUUGUUUGAACAGCUCUGCCUUAUGAAGUGAGUAGGAAAAGCAAACCGAGUGAGGAUAUCCUCCAGCUAGUGUAGCUGUUUGAAGGGGGGGGGGAUUCAAAUCCAAAAUAAGGCAUAAAACAGUAACACCAGAAGCAACAUAAGUCAUUGCACCCUUAAAGAUUUUAAUCUUUUGACUCUUUAAUGCCUCCUUUCAUGUGAAAUAUAUCAAAGAAAGAUGAUUGUGCAUAUGUGAGGACCUUUGAUGUUAAUAGAAUAUAUAGUUCCUCCUAAAUCUCAAAUGUUAAUGUUGUAUUCAGCACUCUCCAGCAUUAAGUCGCAAUGAAGCAUCUUUUUAUUUGAAUUUUAUCAGCCAGUAGUUGCUUUUUAUGUACCUCAAAUAACGGGCCUCCUUUAUUGAGCCUGCUAAUGGUUUCCACAAGCAUUUUCUUAUUCAUUUAUGUAGGACACAGGCUAGGCUCUGGCAAAACUCUGGGGAGGGGAGUCCAUAAUUAUGGAGAAGCCAGAGAACAGUAAUGUGUGCCUUUUCUGUUUUAUAUUGAUUCAUGGUAGUUUGAAAUCAGGCGAUGCUUUGAUCUUAAUUGUUGCAGAAGUAAUUGAAAAUUGCCUCAUUUUGUGCAAAGUUGCCUCAACUAGGAACCCAGUGACUUAAUAGUCAAAAUCAUUUUGCAUUGUUGGCAGAAAGUUAUAGUCAUCUAUGCUUUUGAUGGCCCAUUCUGUCAUAAGGCAAAUUGCAGUUAUAGAUACUGAGUACUCUUCAAAGGCACUAUCAAAUUACAGUAGCGGAGUCUUAAGCUUUUAAAGUCAAUAAAUGGUUAAAUCUAUAUGUUGACUUUUAACUGUAAUAAAUCUUUACACCUGUCCUCCCUUUGAAGAGAUGCCCUCUGUCCCCAGCCCUCUGCCCAGCCCCCAAAAAAUACCUCUAUGAGAGAAAUAAGAUUUUGUGAGUGGUGCAAGGUGAGCUCCUUGGCUAAGAGGUGGGUUAAGAGCAUAGGAAACUGGAUUAUAAGUUUGUCCAUCUAGCCCAGCAUUGUCUACUUUGACUGGUAAUAGCCAUGUUUCCAGACAGAAGUUUUUCUCAUCACCUCUACCUGACCUCUUUAACUGGAAAUGUGUUGGAUUGAGUUAAACAUGGGACUUUUCGCAAUCAAGGAAUGUGCUUGACCACUACACUGUGGUCCCUCAACCUGGUUUUAGAAUCCAGAUCUUCCUGGGCUAACUCUCUGUCUCUUUCUUACACCACACUGUCUCUCAACACUAGAGUUGACCCCCGUACACAUUCCAAUCUAGAAAAUGAAGCAAGUUCAUCAAUAUUCCUCUCACCUUUUAAUGUUACAUUUCUUACAGUGGGAGACAGAUUUUCCUUAAAGACAGUAGUCCUAAUAGUUGGAUUGAUCAGCUGCAGAUUUGCCGAAUUCUGAUAUUGACAAUAGCUUUUUAUGAAAUGUACUUGAAACUAAGAAAUCAGCAUAAUAUGAAAGUGGACCUCAAUAUUGUUUUGUGCCUGUAGUAGGCUUAUAUUUGAAAUAGAUUUAUUUUUAAAAGCACUUUUAUUGCAAGGUUACGGUAAGUUUCAAAGCGUGUUGGCAAAUCUUUCCAAUAUGAUCUUUAAUGUUUCCCAAGUUGCUGACUUAAGGAAAGUCACUGUCAUCUUAAAUGCGAGUCCCCCUCCCCCAGCUCAGUUACACCUGGCUCUUAAAAGCUUAGAAUGUGGCAGUCCUACUGUGCCAUGACCGUGCUCUGGGACUCUGACUGCAGCUCAGACACGGUCAGAACCAGGGGCAGAGACUCCGGAGCUGAGUGAUAUGUCUAAAACCUGGACAUGUGCCCACUACCUGACCUAGAUGAUGACUAACUCUUAGUUUUCUGAAUGCAUCCUUCAUGUCCACUAAAAGAAAUGUUCGCAGCAACAUUCCUGCUCUCUGCCUAUAUCUGUCUAUAACGUUUUGGUUCGGCCAACAGUGUUAAUCCCUUUAUUUGAACGAAACAGUUUAAUCUUCUGUAAACAUUGAAUUUGGUACUUCAAAUAUGUCAUUUUACAUGCUGACCUCCAUAUUGAUUCUGUAAAGAAACAUUUUUUCUAUUUUUAAAUCAAAUUUGGGACUCCAAGGUGUUUGUGGUUCCCACAAGUAAUUGAAGCAAGAAGAGGUAUAGUGUGAGAUCCCCCAUGGCAUGUAAUGAUUCCAAAUUAAAAAUUAAAACUGAGAGACUAAUAGUUCUGCUCUGUUCAAUAUUCAAGUUGUAGUAAGCCCAUUUGCCUACAGUUUUGGCACAAACAACACAGAACAUGCAAACUUCGUUAAAAUAACUCAAAUGUGGGUUUGUUUCCAGCAACUCCCCUGAAAAGCAGAGUUAAAGCACCUCUUAAAAUGACGAGCUCUAUGGGAAGAACUGAUAUUUUCUCAAUAACUGAGGGAAGAGCAGUGAAUUUCAAUCAAGAAGAUGAUUAUACGCCUCUAUCUUCGGUUACCAAAUCUGUAAGAAAGGAUAAUUCUGCUGCAAAAAAGGUAGUUAUAUGUUUGCGUAACUUAGGGUAAACUCACAUGGAAGCUUCAAAACCGCACAAUAGUACUGGUUGAAGCUGGCAAAGAGCUGCCCAUUCUUAUGUGGGCUGGCUGGGACCAGGUUUGUGAUACUGGAGAACACAUUGGCCAAGGAUUUAUGACAUCGCUGUGUGACAGCUGGCCUACACUUUGAAUUUAGCCUGGUAGAAAUCUCAAAGCCAUUAUUUUUGCUCUUACUGAAUCCUUGUGUACACUGUUUGCUCCCUUUCAGAAGCUUAAUUUGUAGUUAAAAUACAUCAAAUAAAUCAAGACUGAGUGGACUUUGGACUGCUUAACUGUAUUGCAAAAUAGAUCAUCAUUAAAUUCCAGACAAAUGCAAACAUAAAAGGCUACUUUUUAUAGCACUCUCUGUAUGUGCGUGUCAAUCCAGCCAACCUUCAUUGAGCUCAGACUUUAUCAGUUCCGCUCCAAAGCCCCAAAGUGAAGGAGUAUGUUGGAGGAAGAUGCUUUUUUGUCUGUCUGCUGUUGAUUUUUUUGCUACCUAACAUAUCAAUUUCCUUUUAUUAGUCCAGGCUAUUCACACUUACCUGCAAAUAAAUCCCACUGAACUCAAUAGGAUUUCCCUUGGGCAUGCAUGUACUGCAUGCAUUGUACUGUAAGUUUUAAAAAAAUGUUUUAUUAGGAUAUGUGAUAUUGAUCUUUGAGAGCUUAUGUAUUUUGUGCUUGAACCUGUGAAACAGUUUGAACAAUAUUUGAGAAACUGAGAUGAAAAUAAAUGCAUGCUAAUUACAUCAAUAAUUUUUUAUUGUGUUUAUAUACAGCAAGCUCCAAUUCAAAAUGUUGAAAACAUGCCUUAUGAGGAAGAAGUUUUGAACACCAGUGAAAAACAAAAAGCAGGCAAGUUGCUUGACAUGUUUCACUAGUUUUGCUUUUAAAUUAUUUUCAUAUUUGUCUCAUUUCAGUUUAUUGUAUGCAGCCCUUGCAGCUGAAGAGUGGGUUAAAAAUGUUCUAAAAAGGAAUAAAAUUUGGAUGGAAAAUCUUUAACAAGAUGAAGAUUUUAAGUCUAAUUUUAUGUCUAUAUUUCACUUAGAUGAAUUGAUGGAUAUUGUUCCUGAUUCUCAGCUGGUAGAAAGAAGUGACAAAGCAUUGUAAGUAAUGGAAAUAAAUUAUAAACAGUAAAUCUAAAUGUUAACUAGUACUGAUAGCAGAAUACUCUGGUGGAUGGCUCUGAUUUCAUGUCAGGAGGUCUUUAGAUAAGCCUAUCAUCAGUUAUAUUCUCAAGCAAAAACAUGGAUGUUAGCAGGGUGGGGUCCAAAAUCCCUUCCAGCCUAUGGCUUGGAAACUUUGACUGUCACUUAUUAUCAUUUAUUUUUUUUGGCCUUCCUUACGCCUUGCUUACUAAGUUAAAAAACAACUCUUAAAAGAAGUUAGCAUUUGGUUAGUGCAAGAGUUCUUUGUAGCUCCUGCACAGUCACACAGGCCAGUUAUUUGCCCAUGCAAAUAUAAUUCAGUUCUAAAGCUAGCUUACAGUUUUGGUGGUUGCCCUGCUGCUCCCACCUUCUAACUCUAUUCUCCUUUCACCACCCCGGCAGUAACUUGCUUGGAGAACUGCUCUUUGCUAAGUAUUUUCUCUGAGAAGGAAAAAAAAUGAACUCCCCCCCUUACUUUUGUAUUUUCUUUUAUCUAUGUUUCUUCCUUAUACUUCUGUCUUUUUCUUUUCAUUGGUCACUCCCUGGUUGUGUUUUUCCAUCUUUAUAUUCAAGAGGUGGGAUUUUUUCUGUAGAUAACUGUCCUUCUGGGAGUAACCUAAUUGGUAUAGUCUCUGUGUCUUUUACUUUCCCAACGUAGCCAGGCUUUUACUUGCCAGGCAAGCAGUAGAUGACUUUGUGUCUAAGAACACUGCUUUGGGAGAAGGCAUUGCUGAUUGCUGAGAAAGUCAGGCUUACUCUUUCAAAGCCUCCACAUUUUUUGCAGAGGAGCAGAGCAGACCCCAGUGGCUUUUGUAUUUCUUCAGGAAGAUGGCAGGCCACUCAUAAUAGAUUUUAUGUGUUUCCUGGAGGCGAGGAGCCUUAAAGUUUUUUACGCUGCCUUAUAUAGACAAUCAGGUUAGCUCUGUGGCUUCUGAGCAAUUGGUUUACAGUAGUCUAUAGGCUUUAGGUCCAAAGGAAAAAAGAGAAGUGUUUUUCUGGAGCACUUUUCAUUGCAAUAGAGCCCAAAACUUCACAGACCUAUGAUUCGCAAAGCCUCCUACUAAGCAGGGAGGGACAACCACAUACAGUAGUGAUAAAAGUAGGAUUUUCUCCCCAUUUGCUUUAUUUAGGUUACCUGGCAUUCGGGAAAAUUCUGUUGCAGAAGCUAGAACUCGGAAAAAACAGAAGUGUUGGGUACCUGAGCAGAUAAUAUCACAUUGUAACAAGCAGAAUAGUAGUGCACUGGGAAAUACAGACUAUCAAGGUUAAACUUUUACUUCAUUUAUUAAAAGUGUUAAAUCGGGUUUUUCUUAAAAUCCCAUUUUUAACUUCAUUUUGUGUAUGUGUGUAUAUUAGGUCCUAAUUCAUGUAGUAAAGCUGUCAAGCCAAGAGUGUUCACGUCAGUAUUUGAAAUGUCUUCUCCAGGGCUGAAAAACAAACAUCACAGCUAUGGAAAAAUCGUGGAGCAGCAGUACAAUGAAAUCAGUAAAAUACCAGAAAAAACUGGCAAUAUAAAGAACACAGAGUCACGGAACAGUUUUAAACGUUUGGAUGAGAGCAUAUCAAAAGAUAACAGCAUAAAGCUUGCUCCUGGUAAACAUGAAAUGUCACUUAAAGCAACAAUGAGUUCAAGACACUCAGAAUUCGUUAUGGAAACCAAUGAUGACGCUAGCAUUGAUGUUUCUUUUAGAAAAGGAACUGACAAGAAAACAGAUCAGGUAAAAUGAAAGAAGGCAAAGCAGCCUCAGAAUUACUUUUCUAUUUGGAAAUCAUAGUCAUGACUUUUCAGAUUUUUUAAUAAGUUGUAUAUAAUCACUACAUCAAGGAACCCUGCCAGUCUGUUAAGAUUUCAAAUUGGUACAGUGUCACGCGCCAAGCCGGUAAGUAAAUCACACAGUUCCAAAGCUGCACGAUCUUCACAAACUUGUCUGUGUUACAGGCCUAAUGAGCACAGCAGUUCAUGCCCUGUAGGUCCUACUCCAUGAAAUCAGCUGCUGAGACUAAAAGUCCCGCCUGCCUACAGCCAUCCGUUUCUCCUCCAGGGCUUCUUGCAAGCAAUCAGAGACUGCACCUCUGUGCAGCCUGCCUUGAGUAAAUGAUGAUGAUGAUGAUAAUAAUUAUAUGCCACCCAUCUGACUGGGUUGCACCAGCCACUCUGGGCAGCUCUCAACAAAAUAUUAAAAACACAGUAAAACGUCACCCAUUUAAAACAGGGCUGCCCUCAGAUGCCUUUGCUCUUCCCGUUUCAUACCUCUUCUGGUUCCAGGGGGAAGGGGAGUUUAUUGCAGCAGAGGGGUGGAGAUACCCAUUACUCUCAUCUCUGCCUCUGAACCUCCCUCUUCCCACUUGUCUGCUUUAGCUUCUGCCUUUGAUUCAUGACGUCUGUCUGCCACAACUCCCAACUCAGAGUCCUGUUACCCUUCAACUUUUGACACCUCUUCUUCCCAUUCUUCUCCCUCUUCUCCCUGUGUCAUAGUUGUCCAACCACCACUCUGGACUGGGUUCCCCAGCUAGUUUCUCCCACCACUCCUCUGUGUUCAACCAAACCAUGACAUACAGAUAUCAUAAAAUCUAUUUAGGUUAAAAUAUUAUUUCAAAGAGGUUGUGAACUGCUAAACGUUAUCACUUUCAAAAUAUAUUUUUCCUUAAAAUUGGUAAGUGCUUCAUAAAUGUUAUCGUUAAAGUUGACUGCAUUUACAAGUGCCCUGGUACCUAAACCCGUGUUUAAAAUUAUUGUCACUUAAUGGAGACUGUCUGCAGCAGGGAUAGUGAACAUGGUGCCCUCUAGAUAUUGUUGGGCUACAGUUCCACCAUCCUUGACUCUGAUUCCAGCCCUGAUCUACAAAAUAAAAUGUAGGAAGAGACAUACCCUGUAAUUCUACAGAGAACUAAUGUAAAUGGGGGAGAAGCUUGUUUGUUUGCUGGAUUUUGUUUAAAAAAAGGUUUUGGAAAGAUUCCAUUCAAAAGCUUUCUUGUUCAUCCAGCUGAUAAACUCCAGUAAAUAACUCCCAAACCAUUUUUGCUCAGCUUUAUGCACACUUAUCUCCUUACUGCUGAUAAUAUCAUAACUGCAAAUGGCUUUAGUGGAGCAGAGAUUUCCUGCAUGUUGCAUGAAUGUUCUUCAUUUUCCUACUAGUAUACAGAAACCUUUGACUUUCUGAACGGUGCUGUAGAAGCUGUACUAUUUUACUAAUCAGAUUUUCUGGUAAAUUUAACAAAUUAUUUUCAAAAUCUUACAGAAAGCAAAACAAAAAGAAAUGAUGAAAACUACAGAAAUGUUACUAAGUAAAAUCAGCAACCGAUACAAAGGAAUGGAUGGUGCAAAAAGUACAAGAAAAUUGUGCCAGUUCUUUGCUAACAGGAGGUAUUCUAUACAUACUUUCUUUUUAUAGUAGUUACUUGCAGGCUAGUAAUUUAUUUAGAAUUACAACAUUUUACUGAUCUUGCUUUAAUUUCUAUAUUACCUAAUUCCCCUAAAACAUGGCAUUAAAGCAAAUGUUUUUUACUAAUGAAUUUUCUGGUAUGAAAUAGAUUUAUUAUAUUAUUUUUACUUAUUUUUACAGCACAUCUUUAAAUAAAUCAGGUUUCAGUGUUUGCAAGGUAUGUUGUUUUUCUAUACAAAGAGGUAUAUUAAAAUUUUGUUCUACAGUUGUUUCAAUAUGUAAGAAUAAAAAUACAUUGAUAUAGUAAAUUUAAUGUUUGACUCAACCACUUAUUAAUAAUUACUGAUAUCCUCAGUGAUAUUUCAUCUUUAGGAUUUGAACCUAUUUGGGGGCACCUUAUGAGGCCAAAAAGCAACUUUUAAAUAUUCAUAUAAUUAAAUAAGUCUUGUUGAAGUAAAAGAGGACUGCAUGAGUUGAGGAGGAGUAUUAAUGCCACUAUACAGUUUUUUUGCUAACUCUUCUUUUAUGCCUAGAAAAAAAGUCAGAGCAGAAGUUCUAGAAGUUUAAAAACUACUACUUUGCUAAACGUAACUACUGGGCACCUUAUGUAAGUAAAGCGCCAUCUCAUUCAAGUACAAUAAUUUAGAUUAUGAAGAGUAUACUGAACAGAGUUUUAUCUCUUUUGAUAGGGACGAUGUCUACAACUUUAAUCUGAGUGGAUCUGAUGAACCUACAGUAAAACUUGGAGUAAGAUUAGUAUUGUAGCAAAUAAUGUGUUACUAAUUAUAAACCACAGAGCCUAGGUCUUGUCGAUCAGAAGGUCGGCGGUUCGAAUCCCUGCAACGGGGUGAGCUCCUGUUGCUCGGUCCCCGCUCCUGCCAACCUAGCAGUUCGAAAGCACGUCAAAGUGCAAGUAGAAAAUAGGUACUGCUCUUGCAUGAAGGUAAACGGCGUUUCCGUGCCCUGCUCUGGUUCACCAGAAGUGGCUUAGUCAUUCUGGUCACAUGACCCGGAAGCUGUAUGCCGGCUCCCUCAGCCAGUAAAGCAAAACGAGCGCCACAACCCCAGAGUCAUCCGCAACUGGACCUAAUGGUCAGGGGGCCCCUUUACCUUUACCUUUAAUUAUAAACAGAUGAUCACCUGCACAGUCACAUUAGGGACAGCUCUACAUUAGUUAGGGUAUAGCAGCCCACAUAAGGCAGUCAAUUUGGGAGUACCGUUAUAAUGGGAAGAGCAGUCCUAAUGGUGGGAAGCGCAGAGUGACAGAUUCAAUGCAACAUCCUUAACCUUAUGCUAUAUCUUCAUGCUGGAUCCAUAGCUGGCCCUGCGCUGCCUCUGUAACACCCUGUUUUGCAGCCCUCCACUAACUACUGCCAGCAGCAACAGUUUCCCAGGACACCCAUGCUUACAACAGGAACAGUGAGGCCCCCAUAGUGGCAAAGCCCCACCGUUGACAGAAGGGUACCUCCUAAUUGUAUCCCCUGCAACAGCACAGUUUUGAAUUGUGCACUUCAUUAUUAUAUUUUUUUGCCACCAUGUGCCUUUGAAAUUUUCUGGCUCCAGCUCCAGGCAUACCCCCAAACUGGGAGAAAUUUAGAGGAAACAAACUGCACUUAAUGUAAAUGAAUGAUUGCUUAGGUAAAUAAAUAAUUAUAACACCAUUUUAACAUAUUCUUGGCCCACUUUCACUUUCUUUACAUAGUAUAAAUGAUAUACCGUUUGGCAUAUUUUUUAAAAAACAUUUUAUUCAGCAUGCUUCUUUGGUGAUAAUGAUUUUUAAAAAAAAUUAAUGAUAAUACAUUAAUCCAGUUCAAGCCACAGACAACUAAUCAACAAGCAGGGCACUCAGAUUUAGGUGCAUCAAAUACAUCAAAGAGUUCAUCCUGCUAGCUCUGCAUUCAGAUUCCCAUCUGCAUCAUAGGUAACUGUGGAAGAGAUUUUGCACACAAAGAUAAACAUAGAUGGAAUAACAUAAAAUCACUCACUGAAAUAAAAGGAUUGCAUUGAAACUGAUAGUCCAAACACCAUAGCCUGUCAUUGUCUAUCCACCUGCUCACUGCUUCCAAAUGAGAGUCACUAGAAGCCCAGAGAAAGCGAUGUGUUCCUAUUGCCACCUAAAACAACAUGAAUGUUGCAAGGAUCUCCUGUGGCAGAGUAACUCCAGCAGUAGAGCAAUAAUGGCAAAUGAAAUAUGUGUAUAUGGCAGUUAUAAUGGGUGGAAUGCAGGCUGCACGAAGCAGCUCACCUCAUGCUUUAUUCAAAGGGCAGCAUGAUUUGUAUGGAAAACGUGAUUCCCUCAGAUACCCAUAAUAUUAUAAGGAUAUAUGAAAUUGAAAGGAGCUGAUUAUAUUUUCCAUGCCUCUAACAUUUUAAUAGGGAUAUUUGAUACUUCAGAGUUUCAUAAUGAGAUUUGGAAGCAUGUAAACAGUGUUUAUUUCGAAGGGGCUUAUCAGUAUCUAACCCUAUGCAUUGCUACAGCUAUAUACAAAAUAGACUGGAUUAAUGGAGGAUAUGGAAAAACAAUUGUAGUAUUUCCUAUGCUGUUUCAGUAAUUUUUACUAAGUCUCUAGAGUCUUUUGCAGAAGGAUAUAGUCUGUUUUUGUAAAUUUCAUUACAAAAAGGAAAUAAAAAUACUUGAUUGCUUGGGUGAUAUAACCAUCAAAAAUAGGCGAACCAGGGGAAAAAAGUUGCAGUGAGAUUUGAUUUAUUUCUGUUUGAUUUAUGUCUUUUGGUAUUUACAUUUUAGAUCCAAGAAUUUCAUCUUACCAAACUGGAAGCUAGUACUGAUGUUCCAAAGAAAAAGUAAGCAUAUGUGGAUCAUUAGACCCAAAUUCCUUUUAACGCACCUUAUGAUAAUAAAAGUAUAAGUACAUAUAUUUUGAUUUGAUUACUACAGUGGUACCUCUUCUUACGGGCGCGAUCCGUUCCGGGGUGCCAUUCGCACCCCGAAAAAUCCGUAAGUAGAGCCCCACUUCUGCAUGUGACACAAUAGAGCGCUCCUGCACAUGUGCGCAGAGCGCUCAGGCGUGCGCGGCGAAAUCCGGAAGUAUACACUUCUGGGUUUGCCGCAUUCGCAACCCAAAAAUCCGCAACAUGAACCUAACGCAGCUAGAGGUAUGACCGUGUUUUACACAACCAUCUCAAGACAAUGUAUGAUAAAACAGCAAAAAUAUAGGUAAAAAUAUAAAAAGCCCAUAAAUCUGAAACAAAACUAAAACAGACACUUGUAGCAAAGACCCAUUUAUCCACCUGAGAAAGCUGGUUGGAACAAAAAUAUAUUCAGUUGUUUCCAGAAGUGUAGAUAGUGGGUACCUGUUGUAUCUUGAUAAGAUUUUCCAGACAUUCAAGUAGUCAAAAAACAAAUUAAUCCAAAUAGAGUACCUAUAAUUUUUACAUGAUUUACUUUAUAUUCGUUUCAGGAACCAUGGAAAUAAAGAGGAAAUUAUAAUCCAAAAGAAGCAAGAUAAGAAGGUAUUUAAAGACCAGGAAUACAAAAGAAGAAUUAAAAGUCCCCAAUAUUUAAAACAGUUUGUUCAGUAAAUAUAUUAUAUAAGGGGUGCAAAAAGCCAUCUACAAAUCAUGAAUGUAAUCCAUAGAUUAAUAUACUCACAAAUCCAGAUUUCUUGCAUGGGGAGCCUUUCUGUGUGCUGGAAGUGGAGGAGGAAGGGGCUGCAGCUGCAAUGAAUGGCUGCCUAGCAUGGAGCAAAGCAGCCACUCUGUUCUUCUGUUAGCCAAUCAAAAAAGCUAAUUGGAGAGAAGGGGUAGAAUUAACUUGGGCAGACCUGAGAGGGAGCUUCAUCCCUCUGGUCUGUCAUAAAAGAAAUGAGGAUUUGCCAAGGGGGGAGCCCUUGUAUUUCCAACUUUCUUAGCCCUACCCACCUUUUCUGCUAUAAUAUGGUGUUAGCUAAGCUGUGUUAAGUUAUGAUGAGAGUGCUAUGGACCCAGGUUUAGCUACUCGUUGACAGUUGGGAAAUAAUUUUACCCAGGAUCAUAAUUGGCUAUUUUGACAACCACUGGGCUUAAAUCAGUCAUGGCAAACUAGUUUCAUUGGUUUUGGUUGUCUUCAGUGUUUGACUUGUUUAAGGACUCAGUCAUAAGUAAUUUAGCUGGAAAGGCUCCUGCAAAUUUAAUGUCAGUAAAUGGUUUAUCAGUGUUUUCUUAUUUUAUAGAACAGAACUAAUAAAAACAAGAAGCACAUUUUCAGUGACACAGAUACAGAAUAUAGAGAUGACAGGACAGAUAUUAGCUGGCUAAGAGAAUCAAAUAGAAAACCUAAACUGCAGCUGGUUGACUAUAGCAGACCCAGAAAACAGAAGUCUAAAACUCUGGAUACAAGUACGCAAUCUAUAUAUUACAAAUUUUAUAGCUGUAACGAUCUUCACUUCGUUCUAUGAUAGUAAAUGUCUUACUAUUUUGCUGUCUUGUAGACUUUCAGUGUAGUAUACUUAAAACAUGUCAGAUGAAUUUCUAGCAUUGGAUAUUAUAUUUUUCCUUGACAGAUUUAGCGGCGGGGAGGACGUACUAGUGAUAUUUUGCUGUUUCUUGAUUGGGUAAAAUAUGAAAAUAGUAUAAAGCUUACUGUUUAAUAUACUCCACUGGAACAAACUUUGUAGAUCAGGAAUGACAGGUUAGAGUUCCUGUUCAUUAAUGGUACUCUGAUUUCACAUUUUAAAUGACUAUAUGUACCUACAUUGAGGGGAUCUAGGGCAUGUUUAAUGACAUAUGAAUCAAAGAUUUUAAAAUUUGUUCUGAGUAGUGAAGCAGAAUAUAAUUGGCCUAAAUGAAGUUCUUUUGCACUUGAUGUUGUAAGGUUUUGUUUUGUUUUGUUUUAGAUAUAUAUUCUGUAUCACCAAGCGUGGGGAAAAUACCUCAACAGAAGAAAACCAUAAAUGAUAAGGUAUGAUAAAACUUUCAAACUGUCAAUAAAUACUAUUUUUUAAAAAAAAAACUUUCAAACUGUAUAUCUUAGAAGCAUUAAUACUGAGUCACUGCAUAUGACAAGACAUAUAAAUAAUCUUAUCACAUAAGCAAAGUCGAUUCAGUUAGCUGUGCAAUAUAAGGAGGAGCUGUUUGGCCAUUUUUCAUUUCAUUUUUUCUGCCUUGCUUGAAGCAGACCUAUAAUUUCUUUGAACUCCUAUUCUGGCCUGUUAUCUUUACUCAAGAUUUGCCAGUCUUUUCUGUUCAAUGAAUUCCACGCAUUGAUUUGCCUGUUUUCUCCUCCAUUAAAAAGGGGUAGAAGCAAGGAUUUAGUUUUCUUUGCUUGUGUUCACCUUAGCCUUUCCUGCCCCUUUUCCCAUUACUUCUGUUAUACUUUCCUGCUACUAGCGACAUGCCAAAGACUGUUUUAGAUAUGGGAGCCAUUUUGUGUUAUUCCAUGCCCUCCACAGACCUCACAUUUUGUGGUUGGCCCCCAUGUCACUUCCUCAAAAUUCUGAAUGUGCUCAUUGGCCAGAUAAUUAAUAAAUCAUCACUAACAUGUUCGUACUUUGUUGGAAUAAAUAAAGGUACCAGUUUCUACCAAUCAAUGUGAUAAUGAUGCUGUGGGAAAAGCAGCACCAACCAGAUCAAGACAACCCAGAAAAGCAGCACUAGCCAAAAAACGUUAUAAAGAACUCUCAGAUUCAUCAACUGAAAGUGAAGAGGAAUCAGUACACUUAACUAAGAAAGACAUUUUAAAAGAACGUGUAAGUUGUAGUUUUUUGUGCAGCGUUAUAAAUUAUUUUAGAUUCUGUUAGAGUUUGCAUUUUAAAGACUCCCUAGUAAAUUAAAAAUAAUUGUAAAUAUAUUGAAAUGCCCUUAACUGAUCUUAAACAAUUAAGCUGUAAUAAUAUAAUAAUAGAAAACAUUUUUUUAGCAGAGGGUAAGGAUCCCAUUUCUACCUAGCACUCUGAAUUUGUAAUUGUACAAAUUUAUUGUCGUUUUAAGCACCAAAUAAAUGCCCAUGAUAGAUUGUAGUUCCAGGAGAAGGGAAACAUAAAAAGCAGAGAAAUGUGUGAAUAUUAGUACAGUACCAGGUUAAAGAAGGAGAAAUUGAAAUGCUACAGGAAAAAUACUAGGGCAAACAUAGCAUGAUAGAAAUACAGUUACACUCUUGGAUUCCUACUUUGUCUAAUGUUAAAACACUGAGUGGAAUUCCAUGUCACUCCGUGAUGUGUUUUCCAUCAGUGCAAGCCUUUAAGUUUGCCAGAUAGAAUUAUUCCCCCCUUCUUCUUGCCCUGUGUGCUGUUCUGGAGGUUUCUUUUGACACCCCCCCCCACCAAAUCAGUUUUUGGGGGGAAGGAUGGAAAAGCCCAUUGUACAAGUGGAAGUCUUUUUCCAGGGCUUCCACUGAUGAGGCUCAUUAAGUGAAUCCGGCCCAAUAUUUUUGAAUUAAUAUUUUAAUUAUUAAUUUUGUUUCCAGCAUAAAAUCUCCAGUGUGCUUAGUAUCUAGUGAAAUGUGUCAGAUAUUAUUUUUUUGGUAUUUCCAGCCAGAACACAAAAGUAUGAAAAACAAAGCUGUCGAUCAACCAAAGGUACAACAGUGUGUUGCUUCCAGUGAGGUGACCAAAAUAAAACAGGUACAGCAAGUAAAAAAGUCCACUAAAUCAAAAGAUAAUGUGCCGAAACAACAAAUGGAGUUAUCACCACUGUCUUCGUCUGAGAGCCUACCUUCUUUUGAGACACUGAGAGGUAAGUUUUAUAUUUUUACUUGUAUAUUUGUUAUUGUGUGUAAUACUGAGUAAAUACUGAAACUUAAAUACAUGCAUACUGGUACAACAAAGCAUCAAAACAUUAUAAAAUUAUAUAAUCAUAAAAUACCAAAAAAACCCCUAACAGUCAUUUAUAACACGCAAUAUUUAACAGUUUUGGGAUAACUAAAAUUAAACUGUAACAGUGAAACCCAGCAAGUUUUUUUGCGAUUUUUGUUGCCAUACAUCUCUUAACACUGUGAUUCUGCAGCUGAGGCACCAUCAGGAAACUAUUCACUGGAUGGAUAGACACCUAUUAAUAGCUCUUGUUAGAUGCCUUAAUUUGGAGAACAUGGCUUGAUGUUCCUCUUCUAGAAGCAGUCCUGCCUACCACUUCAGAGAAAACAAUCAAUUUCUGUAGGCUGGCGGUGGGGGCAGACUUUCUAAGAAUAAUUGAGAGCUGCUGAAAACCUAUGAUUUAUGCUGAAGGGGAAAUGAUAUUUUAUUGGUACCUACGCAACACAGGCUACCCUCCAAAAGCUACUGGGUAUCUGUUAGACUCAAAUAAUUCUAGAUUUUUAUAGUACUGUACUUUCUUUACUGUUUCUUUCCUGCUACCUCUGAAUUGCCAGACUUAAAGAAGUUAGAUCUGAUAAAUUAAGAGAGCAGCAGGAUAUAACAAAUUCACUCACUCUGUUACUGACAGUCUAGGUAAGUCAUUGUGCUUUUCUGAUGAAAAGUGUAAUUGGUGAGUAAAAACUCUGGGAGAAAACAAUUAGAAAACUGCAAGAAAAGAAUUCUGUGUCAAGGAAUGUAAUGUGUCAUCACUGGACGGGGUGAUAGUUGCGUGGCAAAUGAACAUAGCUCAUUGACAGAGCACAUGCUUUACAUUAAAAAAGAGUCUGGAUUCAGUCCUAGUCAUCUUUAGGUAGUGUUGGAAAAGACAUCUGUCUUAAACCCUAGACAGUCACUACCAGUCAGUGGCUUGCCUUAGAUGCAGAAGCAGAGUAUUGGUGCACACUGCUCAGCAGUGUCCACUUUUCUCUUCCCCUGCUUCUGUCGCACUGGAAGAAAGUAUCCAAAGUACUGGCUUAGCAUUAUGAGCAAGCCAUCACUCAUUGUUUGUUGCACCUAAACAUGCCACAAGCAGUAAUUGAUUCCACUUGUGGCUUGUUUGGAAAGAAACAAAUCAAAAGAGUGGUUCACAUGCAGCAGUAACCCAGUGCUCUAGUUUGUUUCCUCCCAGCAUGGCAAAGGCAGGGAUGGGAGAGAAGUAAAUCAGAUACUUACUGAACAUCACACACUAUCAUGCUGCUUGUUUGGAUUAGAAAGUGUUUUAUUUUAAAAUAUGGUUUAACAUAUGAACCAGAUGGACUAAUGGUAUUCAGUGUUAUAAGAUUGCUUGCUGUGUUUCUGUACAAUGAAAGAACACAUUUUACAUGCUUGAGAUCGCAGAAAUCUCCAGUUCAAAAGAGGACUGGGAAAGAUCCCUGACUGAGCCUCAGGAGAGUUGCUGCCUGCUAGAAGAUAAAAUAGGCUAGACUAGAGGAAUGGAGUGGUUGCUUUGUGUGUUAGAUAGCUUCAUAUAUUCAUCAUGCCAUAGCUUCCCUUCCCUCAUGAGUUUGUAGUAGAAUGUAAAAUGAAUAUGCAGUUGAAAUUUAGAAUGGGGGUUGAGGUUGGGGAGGAGAGUUCACAGCCUGAGACUUGCACAAGCACAUUCUUAAGUGUUCAGUGGUCAGAUGCUGUGUGUGAACAAACCAAUAUGUUGAAUUAUGCCUUUAUUAUUUGUUUAGGCUGGCAGAAGGGAACAAGGGAGGAAUCUACUGAUCAUAUUUCAGAGAGAAGGUCAUCUUUGUCAUCCUUGCUUCACACACCUGAAAAGGAAGAAUCCUUGAGCAAUAUCAAAAAUGUGUCUGCUUUAGUGAAAAUGGAUAAGUUAAUGCAGCUUCCUGAAAAGGACCAAACACAGAUGUUUGAAUCUGAAGACUUGUCACCUGUUUUAAGUCCAGUUCCUUCGGUAAAUAUGGAGUAUUUUUAAAAAGAAUUACCUUAAUUCAGAUAUUAUAUUAAAAACUAUUAGUUUGAUAUGUAGAGGCCAUACCUAUGCAUAUUUGCUAGGAAGUAACUCCCAUUGACUUCAGUGGUGCUAACUCCCAAUGUCAUGUGUGUAGGAUUACAACCUUCUUAUUCUUCCUAUUCAUUAUAUUUGUAUUUUGUCCUUCAUUCAUAGAUUUCAAGGUGGUUCACAGCAAAAAAUACCCUAGUAAUUAGACAAAGCAGGUUACUACAGCUGUCUUUACUUUGCCUUUGCUAAAAUACAAAUGAUGUAACAUACAGUAUAGAAAAGCCUAUAAUCUCAUUUCUCCUUCUAGUGGUCACAAUAUAUGUAUAUUGUGUGGUCACAAUAUAUGUAUAUUGUGUAUAUGUAUAUAAGGAAGGGAGUGAUUUUUUUCCUAUGGUGUUUUCAUUUUUUUAUUUGAUUAAUCUGAUUUUCCAUAUAUACUUGCAGCAUAGUUGUAAGCAUAUUUGGUCAGGUAAGCCGCAUUGAGUUCAGUGGGCUUACCCCCUGCCUACUACUGAAUUUGCUCAUAAGUCUGUUCACACAUACAUGUGGACCCUCAUCUACCACAUGUUAAUGGAGGCACAACUUUGAGUUAUUUUUAUCUGGAGACAGUCGCACACCACAGUGGUUAUUGCACUAUGCAACUAUCAAUUUAGAAAUGCCAACACAGUCUAUCUUAAUUAGUGGAAUUAUCAAGAAAACAAAGAUGUAGCUACAAGUGGCAAGUGAUAAGUAAAAUGGCUUUGCUGCUUGAAGUACCAAUACAGAUAUGUAAAGAAGCAAGACAGUUGUUACAAGUUGCACAGACUACCCAAACCCAUAUUACAUGUCCUGUGACCUUAAUAAUUACAUCCCAGGGAAGGAAGAGUUAAGGAGACAUCGUUUCUUGAACAACUGAGUCCAGGGUUCCUGGCAUCAAUUCAUUUGAUUUGUCUUGGGGUAUUUACAGUUACAUUAAGCUUGCAAAGUAAAGUUCCUGUGCUCUCUUAGAAGGCUCUCAACCUGCUUAAGUUAGGAUGGGAAGACUGAUAAGAACCCGCCUGAUACAGUUCCAGAAUUAGAAAAAGCUUUCCUAUUGGAAUAAUUGGCUUGAGCUUCCCACAAGGGGCCUGACUAAUUCCAAAUAAAAUAGCACAUUUGGUUGAGGAGCAGGAAGGCAAGGAUAAGAAAUCUAGCCAAAGUUGAAGGAGUCUCCUACUAGCAUCCAUUGGAGCAAGUUUGAAACAGAGCAGAGUAGAGCUUUAUUCUGGGCAAAAGGCUGAACAGUUUGGGCAUCAGCAAGAUACGCAUUUACAGGAAAGAAGCUUCCUGUCAGGCUUAAAGACAGUUCUAGACAGAAGCAAUAUUGAGUGUUAAUUAUUUCCAAGUACUGAGUCAUUACCAGACAUAUCAAUACAACUUUCCCACUGCAGAGUGACAGGAAGGUCUCAAGAGGUCUCUGGACAAAUCAAAUAUCUUUAAUACGGUCAGUGACCAGGAAGGAGGUCUCUGGACAAUCAAAAAAACAGCAUGAGGUUAUUGAGGUGUCUCUCAUGAUGAAGGGAGGUGGCACUUUCCCAGGAAAUGCAAAUUUAGAUGUAAUCUAGUUAUUGGUGGAAUAUACUUACUGGAGGAAGGCCCCAGGGCUGAAUAUAUGUAUGCUUGCAUAAGAUACAACAAAGGUUCUGUACUAUCCUUUCUAGUCACAGCUGACACUAUGAGAUAAAGUCCGCUUAAACCAAUGUUGCCUUCUAUGUUACUUCAAAUAAUACUGCACUCAUUGCUCAGAGCCAUUCAAAAUAUAGUUCCAAGGCAUGUACAAAAUUCUGACUGAACCAAGCUUCUCGGUUAACAGUUUUCUGAAGGUUGCAACCUUCAGUGAUCUUACACAUUGGAAAAAUCUGCAUGUGUAUUUUUCCUUAGAGUCAUUUACCAAAAACCAUUUUUCUUUGUAGCUGAACCUUAGUCCCUCCACUACAAAAAGAAAAGGCACCAGUGUCCAAAAAGCAGAUGUAGCAGACAAAUAUGGCACUCUUGAAGCAAUUAGCAUGCAAAAUUACUCUUUAAACAGAUCAUCUGAUAUAGAACUGAAAGAUCUUUCUGAAAACCUUGUGAAAAAUGGGAAAGAGGUACAUGAUAUCCAAUGCAAUUGUUGCGUUUGGUGGCGAAAUAGUUCUCUUUUGCUGUUAUUGUUAUAGUUAUUGUUCUUGUAGUUACUGUUCUUUUAUUCUUGUAGUUAUUGUUUUUUUGAAAAUACAUUUCUUCAUUGUUUCAGAUUGAACAUUUUGUUGUGGAAACAGUCAAAAAGAAUAGGCCAAUGCAAAUUCUAAAUACUAUACUACAUUUUCCCCUGUUUUUAUGAAAGGCACAAACUGUUUGCUAUUUGCCUUUGAAAUUUAUAAGCCCAGCAAACAUUUAUUUCUACAUACCAUACUUUUUAAAGCUACAUUUGGACUGAAAUUCAAAACACAAUUGCUAGGGAGUGAGCCCUAUUGAAUACAAGGGGAUCUGAGCAGGGCCUCACAGGACACAAUCCAGCCAACAUUUUUUAGUUCCAGUUAUUUCAAUGAGAGAUAUUUAAGCAUUUUAUAGAAUUUAAAAGUGCUUAACUGUAGCUGGAUUAUGCCAUAUGUUUCUAAAGCACAUUAGUGUAACUGUUGAAAAUUAAUUUUAAAGUAUUGGAGCAACUGUAUUUUUGGCAAUUUUUCAUUUAUGUUGUCUGUUAAAUAUUCACAUGUUAGCUUAAUCUAAGGUAAUCUUACAAAUUGGUUUAACAUUUGGUUAACAUUAUGCAACUAUUUUUAGGGUUCUGUAUCUCCAUCUCAAUUAUCCACACCUAGCAAAAGUGAGGAAGAACUAUGGCAUGCGGAACCUCUUACUAACACACAGAAAUCUGGUUUGUAAAUUUUGCUUUCUGGAAAAAAAAGACAAACAGCAGAUCUGUAGUUUGCUAUAUAGACAAUGGAAAGUCUUUAAUUUCUUGCUGUCUAUUUUACAUGGUCUGAGAAAACAAGUAGCUGCAUAUUGUUUGAAAAUUGGGGCUCGCUAAGUUUCUAAGUGGAUGAUUGCAAAUCAUUACAUUAUUCCCGAGGGCACUUUCUUUCUUGUCAGAAUACUGCUAUAUGCCCCCUUUCUCAUGGCAAACUAAAUAUAAUGAACUUUUUGAGCUCCAAGGAACUGCAGAAAUAAAUUAUGUAGCACUUCUGUGUCUUGUGAUAUGCACACCCUUACAUGCUGUUUAGGUAUUGAAUUGAGCACAACUAUAUAAUGCUGUAUUUUAUUGCUGUGGUUUAUAACAUUUGUUUAAAUAUUGUCUUAGGACCUACAAUACAUACUAAUUUCAAACGAUUGUACCAGGAGGAUACUGAAAGUGAUUCUGAUGAAGAAGGAGUUAAAAGAGAGGGAAGAAAAAGAAAGCUGCUCCCUAGGAAGUUAUUUAAAGCAGAUAAUAGCACUUGUAAAGGUCAGCUGGAACUGAAGUUGCUCUUUGAAAUGGUGUAAAAUGUACACACAUCUCAACUUUCCCAUCUCAGUCAUUUCAUCUGUAAUAUUAAAAGGCAUUUAAGUAAAAUAAUAAAAGUUGGGCUCUGAAGAACCACUGAACUAGUUAUUAGCUCAAGGAGGCUCUGAACAUAUAUUUCUCCCACACACCCAGCUAUAUGGCUUCUGAAACUGGGCAGAGUUUCUAAAGCAGUUUUAUUCAGUUGAAAUAGAGGGGGGGGCACCUGAAGUUCUAAGGCCUUGGGUAUUCGUAAAGUAGUUAUGGAAUCUCAACUGGAAGUCUCUGUUAAUAGGGAAGAAACUUACUGUGAAUUAAGUGCCUCCUCCUUAUUUGACAGGGAGUGUCAGAAACUAUAUAGGUGCUUGUAACUCUAUCUUGCUCUGACCAUCGCUGUUGCAGUGCAUGUGUUCUUAAUAUAUAUUUUCAAAAUACCCUUGUAAUUUUGCAUUUUUACAUCAUAGCAUCAUGUGAGAUACAUAGAUUACACUCACAGCUGUGGUUAUCGUAAUACAUAGUGAAUGGUUACAAUUCAAAACGAAAACCUAAGAUUGGUUUACUGCAAGAUUAAAGAAUUGUUGCAAAAGUCAGUUUCAUCAAACACACACUCCUCUUCUUGCAAGAGGAAUACUUUAGAAUUAGAAGUCUAAGUCUUUGUCAAAUGCUUCUGAUAUACAGUGCCACCUUAUGAUGAAAGGCGGAACAACAUCUUCUGCAAAUACAAAUUGAUCAUUUGAAUUUCCCAGCAAAUUUUGUUGCAUAGCAGUAUUAGCUUUUUUCCCUCUACUUCUUUGAACUUCUAAACGGGCUCUAUUGGAUGCCUUUCAUAUGAUUGUUUUUCUGUAUGAAUAUAAGGGGGAAAACUUGCUGCUAUGUGUGAUGGUAACAUACCCAUCUAAUUCAUACGUAUGUUGGAAAGUCACGAUUGGCAAUAUGUUUCCAAAAUGGGGAUAUGUUAACAAAAUUGGCUUAGGGUAACAUUGAAGCUAAGCAGGUCUGGGCUUGAUCAGGUCUUGGAUUGAUAUGUAUGGCACCAUGCAUUGAGGUCAUUAAUGUAACAUUUCUAACAAUGUAACAAUCUAACAUUUGCACGAUCUUUACACUUUAUCAUAUACCGAAUAUGUGUAUACCAAUAAAUUGCUGUGUGUGAAACAGUGUUUAGGUUGCUGUUAGUUAAGAUUUUAUUUAUUUACUUAUUUUGUUAGUCACUUUAUUUUGCCCAGGGCAGCCCAAAGAAACUUACAACCAACCACACAAACAAAAAUACCCACAUAGAUACAUUAUAACCAAAGGAGAAAGCAAAUACAUUAAGAAAGAUCCACAUCUGAAAGGCCACAGGUGGUUAAAAGCCAAAGGCCUGGUUAUAGAGGAAAGUUUUUGCCUGAUGCCUGAAAAUAUGCAAUGAAUGCGUCAGGUGAGCCUCCCAGGGGAGAGCAGUCUACAAAUGAGGAAUCACUGCAGAAAAGGCCCAUCUUCAUGUUGCCACCCUCCAGACCUCUCAUGGAGUGGACACACAUAGAAGGGCCUCAGAUUAUGAUUGCAGGGUCUAAAUCAGUUCAUAUGGGGAGGGGCAGUCAUUGAAGUUAUUUGAAUAAGCACCAUAUAUCUUAGGAAGUGCAUCCAUAGUGAUAGGAGUAUAUAAUAAAUGGCAUCUGAAUCAUGAUACAUAAAUCUUUUUUAUUUUUUAGUUUCUGAGAGCAUGUCUCCUUUGUCCAUCAAUGAUGCGUCUACAUUUGAUGGAGAAAUCUGGGGUGCUGACAGUUCAAGUGUAGGGAUGAUGUGUCAGAAGGUUUGCAAGGAGUUUGCCAGGAAAACACAGGCGAGUCUUUUUUAUUUAUCCCUAAUAUCGCACACCUUUUAUUGGUAGAAUAUUUAGUCUUGUUAAGAAGAAGGUUACAUAUAGACUUGUGGGUUGCUUUUGAUUACAAAUGAGGAUAUUCCAGAUAGCAGCAGAAGUUAUCCUGCUCUCCAAGAAGUCCUCUGUAAAUAUCAUUACAGUGGUGCCCCGCAAGACGAAUGCCUCGCAAGACGGAAAACCUGCUAGACGAAAGGGUUUUCUGUUUUUGAGUUGCUUCGCAGGACGAAUUUCCCUAUGGGCUUGCUUUGCAAGACGAAAAUGUCUUGCGAGUCUUGAGAUUUUUUUUUUCGCUUCCCCCCCCCCUUUAUCUAAGCCGCUAAGCCUUUAAUAGCCUUUUAGCAGCUAAUCCGCUAAGUCGAUAAGCCUUUAAUAGCCGCUAAACCGCUAAUAGCGCUAAUCCGUUAAGGCGCUAAUAGGGUUGCUUCGCAAGACGAAAAAACCGCUAGAUGAAGAUACUCGCGGAACGGAUUAAUUUCGUCUUGCGAGGCACCACUGUAUUGUUGUGUGCCCAGGCACUGUGAUCCACCACCCUGCAGCAGUGUUAAAUGACCACUUGUGACAACAAUCGUUUUGGUUCCCAUCCGGCCACAGCUUUAUUGAUUGCAUAUGUAAGUGGCUUUAGCUCAGGCCAAAUCCUGCCUGUUGGUUGAUUCUCCUCAGGGGUAAAUCGUUGGUGAGGGAGCCCUAUGACAUUCAUUAAAUAGGUUGAUGACUGCCUUUUGAGGAGUGCAGUGGCCCUAGCCCCCGAAUGGGCAUCUUGACAGGAGCACCUCCUCCAGGAUCCCUUUAACAGUAUACCCCAUUCCCUUGAUGGGGUAGGCAGAAGGCUUACAAUAUCCCUUUGAACCAAUAACUAAGGCUUAACUGAAUGCCUUAUCCGCCCAAGUUGUGACAAUUGCUAAGAGGUAGGCGAAACCCCCAGGUCAGCCAAUUGACCUGAAGGACAACCCCCCCCCCAGCCCCGAAUACAGCAACCGAUCGUAAUCCAUAGCAAGCUCAUAAUAGUAUUACCCCCCAUGGUGGGUAGGAUGCAGUUUAACUAAAGACCAUAGUGCCAGGCAUGGAGGCUGCACUCUUUAAAUACCCUGGGAGCAGCCUUGAGGGAAUUCCUAUGACAGACUCAGUCAGGCCCGCCCCUCAGAGUUCCCGCCUCUUGGUCUAGCUGCUAUUGGCCAAUCUACAACUGGAUUCAAUUCUACCUUUCCUCUGGCCAGUGGGAGAGCUUCUAACUGCUUCCUGGGGAUCUGGCUGAGGUGGCUGGGUGCAGUGGGAUGCUGCCAUGCCACCCACCAAAGAGGGUAAGCAGAAUUGUUGUUACUAAAUUUGUUACCUGCCCUUCACCAGCAGGUGACUGAGCAGGUUGCAACAAUUUAAAAUUCAAACAGUUAAUGCAGAUUAGAAUCACAGGAGUAGGAUAGGCUCUGAAAAGGCAUAUCUCAGAUGUCAAAGGCCAGGGUAAAGAGAGAAAAGAGAAUUCAUUGUCUGUGUUCUAGUACACAAUAUUCUAGCCUUCCAUGUGCUUGUCAUUGCUUAUGAAAUGCUUCCAGGGGAUAAAUCUGUCACUUUGCUUUCAUGCAGUCUUUUAAAAUGGCAGCUGGAGUAUAUUUUUUUCAGAGUUCUGGUUUUUAAAGCAUCGUUUUGGGAAACCUUUCAGGAGGAAUGGUGUGUGGUUCUUAUAUGGAAGGGGUGGGAAUUGACAGGACAUAAUUUUUGUUUUCUCUUCUGUUUUUAGAGCCGCUCAAAGAGAAUGGACAAUUUUACAAAGCAGUCAUUGAAAACAACUCACCAGCAUUUGGAUGCAAUGAGUAGUGAGUUACAUAAGUGCAGGUGUGUAUUGAAUAAUUGCUCAAAAAUGAAUGUUCUGUUGCAUGUAUUGUGUAUUUUUCUUUUUCUUUGUAUUUUUGCAGGACCAAACAGCUGGAACAUCUUCAUUCCUGUCUCAUGAAAGAGCUUGAAUGUUUUGAAAAAGAUUCACAGGCUUUGAGAAAUAUGGAGAAAGACUUCUCAGUAGGUGUUUCUACUCACAGAAAUAUUAAACUACUUGAAUUACUUGCUGUGAUUUGAAUGUAGGGCAUUUAAAAGUACUUAUGAACAUGGAGAAAUUUAAAGGGGGUUCCUAGACUGGAGGUAUACCUCCCAGAAGCCUAACAGAAAAAGAUGCAGGCUCCAAGUAAGAAGAUAGCCCUUUAUUGAAAUACAAAUAAGCAUAGGGACAGUCUCAAAGAUUAGGAGGCUGCAAAGGACCGCAGCCAAAGCAAUUUCUCUUGCACACUUCCAGAUUAUACACAUUAUUUCCAUUCACUGCUUAAAGGAUCGCAGCAAUCUUAGCAUUUGCCACUCAAUGUCAUCAUCCAGAACCAAUCAAAAUCUUUUAGCUUUCAGAUCAACCCUCUUGAUGAUUUUAUGUAAUUACAUAUAAUAAUUUGUCAGUGUCUUUAUUAAGACUUUGACUAAUGUUCCUAUUCAUUAAAUGUCUCCCAAUAUCUGCUUUCAUCUGUCUAAAAAACAGUUCGAGAUUAAUCACAAUUGUCAUGCCUAGCCGAUCCUCUUUUCAUUCAUAGAAUGGUCACCGUACAUUCUAAUAGUUUAUUCUUUUCAGUGCUCGUGAAUGAACAUUUGCUACCAGCAGGCUAUCACUUUAUUACAGGCCUUUCCCCAGGUCUUAGGUAUAGGUAAAGGUACCCCCUGACCGUUAGGUCCAGUUGCAGAUGACUCUGGGGUUGCGUGCUCAUCUCGCUCUAUAGGCCGAGAGAGCUGCCGUUUGUCCACAGACAGCUUCCGGGUCAUGUGGCCAGCAUGACUAAGCCGCUUCUGGCGAACCAGAGCAGCGCACGGAAAUGCCGUUUACAUUCCCGCUGGAGUGGUACCUAUUUAUUUACUUGCACUUUGACACGCUUUCGAACUGCUAGGUUGGCAGGAGCAGGGACCGAACAACUGGAGCUCACCCUGUCAUGCGGAUUCGAACCGCCAACCUUCUGAUCAGCAAGCCCUAGGCUCUGUGGUUUAUCCCACAGCGCCACCUGCUCCCCACAAUUAGCAACAUAGUAUAGUGUUAAAACACAGAUUUUAAUAGUAAGAGCCAAAAUAAAUAAAAAAAGCAAGGCUUGUUUCACAUGUGAAAAAAAGGAUUUCUUAUACUGAUUUUUAUUUUAUUUUACUUGCAGAACUUUUCAAAGAAGCAUUUUGAAACAUUUAGUACUUACAAGAAAAAUGAGCAACAGAGGUUAGUGUGCUUUCUUAUUAUUGGAGCACAACAGCGCACUGCAUCUUUGUUGUUGCAACUACUUUUAAUGUUACACAGGAGUACAUGGUGCUUGUGAGGACAAGUUUUUCCCCUGUGUCAAAGCAAAGAUACUUAAAUGGUCUUUUGAUCUAUAUUCUCUUAGAUUUCAGAAUCUUAAAACUUCAUUCGAAAAGAACAUGUACCAUACUGCUGACGUUGAGGAAAGCAUUUUUACAUCUGAGGUAUGUAAUUUCUCCUGCUUGACAGAAGGGAAGCAGUUACAGUGUACCGCUUUUAAUGCCUGACUAUAAACAUCCCAAAAGAUAUACCCAACAAGACUCAAUACAUAUGAAAAAUACAAAAGCCCUCUCAUGGUGGAGUUCUCCUUCCAGUAGUAAUCUUGUGUCUACAUUGUUUUUAGAAAGUGGUUCAUAUGCUGCCUUAAAGGGGGCCUAAAUCUAUUUUUUAAAAAUAGAAUUAAGUAAAAUAAAUCAAGGACCAAUUUCAAUAGUAGCUAAUUGGGUGAUGUCGUAAAUAUGAAUUCUAGACCUUUCCUGAGAAUUGGUGUACCAGUACAGCAGUCUGAGUUGACUGAAUAAAUCAUGUGUUUUCUGCAGGUAGUAAAUGCAACAGGUAGCUGAGGACAGCCUCAGCUCCCUGGUUAUGUAUAUUACCUCCUCCUGCUUGACAGUGGUAUCUCGGGUUACAUACACUUCAAGUUACAGACUCCGCUAACCCAGAAAUAGUACCUUGGGUUAAGAACUUUGCUUCAGGAUGAGAACAGAAAUCACACAGUGGCAGCGGGAGGCCCCAUUAGCUAAAGUGGUGCUUCAGGUUAAGAACAGUUUCAGGUUAAGAACAGACCUCCAGAACGAAUUAAGUUCUUAACCCAAGGUACCACUGUAUACAUGUGUUGUUUUGUUAAGCCCUCACCUGUGGCUCCUAGAAGCUGUCAGCAUGCAACAGUGGCCACACCCCAGGAAAUGGUUUUGACUGGCCAGCUAAGCCAAUGCAUCUCAAACCCUCAUUGAGUUAGGGACUUCCCUGCAUUUGAAGACAGUGGAUUGAGUGGACGAGAUCAAUAGUGAGCCAAAUGAUCAAGAAGGCAGUUUCUGAACAUGCUGUAGAGGGAAAUGGGCAGACUGGAAAUGGUCAAACUGGAAAGGUUGCCCAUCUAGGAGAAGGGAAACUCUGAUCCUAAACCUCCGCUACCUUGUGGAUAUACUUAUCUGUGAGAAAGACUUCUGGAGUGACCCCCCAAGGAAAAAUCCAUACAAACUGUCCUGCAGGACAUGUUUGAGAAAAGGAAUAAAGCCUGCAUAAACCUGGAGUGGAGUCCCUAAGAUGGUUGAAUGGUGUCUUGUAAGCCAGCAGCCAAGCUAGUGCCAAAUGUAUUGCUCUGCUUUCCUUUGGACCACAUCAGCGAGGCUGAGAGAGAUCUUGUCAUCUGGGCAGCCCAGGACCUCCAUACACAUUGCCUGGGCUUGCUUACCGGGGGGGGGGGGGUCACUUCAGUGCUAUUAACACAGCAAAAACAACACAGGAGGCAGUUGUUACAAGUUACCAUUCUCUGCAGCCACAACUUUGCCCCCAGAAGUGCACUUCAUUGUCUUUCAAGACAGUUGCCAAGAAUGUGUUGUGUUGAAUUUUGCUAGUACCUGUUAAAAACAUAAUGUCUGGAACACCCCUAUAACACCUACUCUGCUAUUACGACAUGAAACCUUCCCCAGGCUCCUGCUUCUCAUAUUUCCAGAGAUAGUGCAGUUGAGCAGGAGCACUGACAUCUGCCUCCCCCUGUUGUUUAGAAGGGUGCAACUGGUACGUGGCUCAUUAAGUAAUUAAAGGCAUUUGUGAGACCAGCAUAUGCAUCCACAAAAGUAGCUCCCUGUGUGACUUGUGGCUUUGGCUUUGCUUCCUUUCAAUGAAUCUCUGCUGGCAGCAAAUAAUUCUGCCCCAGUUCUACCACAUGUUUGGAGUUCUGUAUCAUUCUGAAAAAGAGUUGCAGCAGAGAUUAUGACCCACCUCUGUGUUGGGUCUGCAUGAUUCACUUGCUUGCUACCAGUCAGCAGACAAGCUAACUUAGCCUUGCAGACACCCACAAUAGUGAAACAUGGUAGGUGGCCUCUUCUGGGUAAUUUUCUUAUGGAAACCUUUGCUAACAGUGAUGCUUGCUUUCUAGUUUAAUUCUGAUGUUUGAUAUUAGGUGUGGGGAACCUCUGGCACUCCAGGUGUUGCUGAGUCCCAGAAAGCAUCUGGGGGACCAAAGGUUCUCCACUCAUCGUUUAACUGAUGUGCAUGGAGGGCCACAGAAAGGCAAAGGAGAAUGAGAGAACCUAUUUUGAAACUGCAAGAAGACGGCUUGGGACUUCUGAUGCCUUAGUUGCCUGGCAAGUGGCAAUCUUCCAGCUGUGCUGUCUCAGCACAGAAGCUCUAAGAAUUUCAGAAAAACUAUAGAGUCAUUUGGUUUGACUUUGCUUUCUGCAGCUUUGUUGUUGGUUAGUCGUUUAGUCGUGUCCGACUCUUCGUGACCCCAUGGACCAGAGCACGCCAGGCACUCCUGUCUUCCACUGCCUCCCACAGUUUGGUCAAACUCAUGUUUGUAGCUUCGAGAACACUGUCCAACCAUCUCAUCCGCUGUCGUCCCCUUCUCCUUGUGUCCUCAAUCUUUCCCAACAUCAGGGUCUUUUCCAGGGAGUCUUCUCUUCUCAUGAGGUGGCCAAAGUAUUGGAGCCUCAGCUUCAGGAUCUGUCCUUCCAGUGAGCACUCAGGGCUAAUUUCCUUAAGAAUGGAUGUGUUUGAUCUUCUUGCAGUCCAUGGGACUCUCAAGAGUCUCAAAGGAGACUCAGCUUCUGCAGCUUUAGUCGAAAUUAAAAAGUGAAAAUACACCAAAUUUUUGGUUUUAUUUUAGAUGCAGCUAAUGAAAGAUGACAUGAAGGGGCUCCAAGAAAAAUUCCUUAAGGAAAUGGUAAAAAUAAAAUUAUAUCUUCAUUGUACAUUACUUUAAAACAAAGUUCUUUUGUUAAAAUAUUUUAAAAGAAAUAAAACCUAACUUAAUGACUUUUUUUUCACAGCAUGAAGAAGAAUUGCUUAAUGUUCGCAAAGGACUACAGUCACUCUUUAUGGUAGAAGAUAAAAACUUCUAA